AUUCGUGAAAAGCGCGAAUACCCACGAAGUUUUUGGUUUAAAAACAUCGUAAACACCUAUAAAACUAUUCAAAAUGCUACAUUUGCAAAGCUACGGCAGUAGUGGCAGUGAUACGGAAGCGGAAGAAGAUAAAAUGACGGCAAGUAAAGAGCAAACUAAAGAGGAAUCCCCAGACGCAACCGCGCAUCUGAAACCCAUCGACAGCCAGUAUUCCGUUGUGAAAUCGUUGGAAAUCUGUGCCGCUCCUUUGGUGGUACCGAUGGGUCAAUCGGAAGUUGCGCGAGCGGUGGAACCGACGAUCAAGGAGAUCAACUACAAUCCGCGCUAUGAAGAACUGUUUGCACCUGUAGCUGGUCCGGAGAACCCAUUCCUAACGCAGCAGAUGAAGGCACCGAAAAAUAUGCUCACUGGAUUUGUGGAAAACGCGCACAUCAGCGACUUUCAGUUCGAUAACCAACGUAAAACCUUCCACAGCUACGGGUACGCGCUGGAUCCAUCGGUAGACGGGAAGGGAACGGCACCGGAUGAAGGGCCAAGCUAUGUUGGGCACUUGCAGGCGGCUUACGAUACCGAUGGGGCGACGGUUUUCGAAUCAGCGAAGGCAAAAGUAAGCGCCGGUGACAAGCGAAAGCGCGAACGAAACGAUAAUCCAGAAGACGUUGAAGGAUUCCUUGGACCGUGGAGCAAGUAUGAGGACGAACAGACGGUCGCACGGCCAAGUGAGAAGGAACGGGCCGAGAUCGAGGAAAUGAUGGCAAAGAAACAUCGUCGCCAUAAGGUUAAGGAAGAUAAACCCAUCGAAGAGAAAUCCAUCCUGCAUAUCAAAGACGCAUUCGACUACCAGGGACGAUCGUUCUUGCAUCCACCGCACGAUGUUGGAGUCAAUUUGCGUAAAGCGGGCGCACCGGAUCGUUGCUUCCUUCCAAAGGCUCACAUCCACAGCUGGACUGGGCACACGAAGGGCAUCUCGGCCAUCCGCUGGUUCCCCGUUUCGGCCCAUCUUUUGCUUUCCUGCAGCAUGGAUGCGCGUGUGAAGCUCUGGGAAGUUUACAAUGAACGUCGCUGCGUGCGUACCUAUUCUGGCCACCGGCAGGCCGUGCGGGACGUUAGCUUCAACAACAGUGGCGACAAGUUUAUCUCCGCCGGCUACGAUCGCUAUCUGAAGCUCUGGGACACGGAAACGGGUGACGUGAUAUCGCGGUUCAAUUCACGUAAGAUUCCGUUCUGCGUUAAGUUUCAUCCAGAUUUCAACAAGCAGCACCUCUUCGUUGCCGGAACAUCGGACAAGAAAAUCAUAUGUUGGGACACACGCAGUGGAGAAGUCGUACAAGAGUACGAUCGACAUCUCGGUGCGGUUAAUACGAUCACCUUCGUGGACGAAAACCGACGCUUCGUGACGACCUCAGACGACAAGAGUUUGCGCGUGUGGGAGUGGGACAUCCCGGUGGACAUGAAGUACAUUGCCGAUCCGACGAUGCACUCGAUGCCGGCGGUAACGCUCGCACCGAACGGCAAGUGGCUCGCGUGCCAGAGCUUGGACAACAAAAUCGUCAUCUUCUCCGCAAUCAACCGAUUCAAGAUGAAUCGCAAAAAGACAUUCACCGGCCAUAUGGUGUCCGGGUACGCCUGUAACCUGGACUUUUCGCCGGAUAUGAGCUACCUGGUGUCGGGUGAUGGCGAUGGCAAGUGCUACAUCUGGGACUGGAAGACGACCAAGCUGUACAAGAAGUGGCAGGCGCAUGAUAACGUGUGCAUCUCGACGCUGUGGCAUCCGCACGAAGCGAGUAAGCUGGUAACGGCCGGAUGGGAUGGCUUAAUUAAGUACUGGGAUUAAAUAAAAGAACUCGUGCGAAGGUGAAGCA